GUUUCGGCAUAAUCGAAUUAUGGAAAUCGGUAAACAACACAUUAAUUUCAAUUUUCGAGUGUCAAAUUCGUGCGAUGAUUGAAGUUUUAAUAACGCUUUUUAACUAGUCAGGACGUCGGUGAGUGUCGUCAAAGUGUUUCAGUGGCAAUUUGUUUAGUGCUUUGAUGUUGAAACCCCCGUGUGACCAUCUCAAGAUAGACUGAAUUCAAUUAUUUUCAAUUAAUCGUCAAAAAGAUGAAACAGUCCUACUAACGAUAAGGAAAUACCGAUUUGGAUUAUUCGCAGUCAAGGUGCAAAAAAUCACGUGAGACGUGAGAAAAGAUCCCUUUUUCCGGUCUGGCGAUCGAGAAUGUACACCUUUGAUGGACAUGUGUCAGAAUUCGGGAACUCUAAUCAAGAAUACAAUGGCCGAACUCUCGGUACGAACAAUUCGGGGCAGUUUUCUGUCAACAGUCUGCUCAGAUUGGGCAACAAAAGACGAUCGUCUGAUGCCGAUUCGUCUGAAGAAAUCUCCAGUGACGACAAAAUCAAGAAGCCAAGAAGAAACAGGACAACUUUUACGACGACACAAUUAUCGGCGUUAGAGAAAGUUUUCGAGAAAACUCAUUAUCCUGAUGCCUUUGUUAGAGAAGAUUUAGCUACCAAAGUUAGCCUUAGCGAAGCUAGAGUACAGGUGUGGUUUCAAAACAGGAGAGCGAAAUUCCGAAGAAACGAACGAAGCCUCAACCUGCAACAGGCUUCGCCGUCGAACAAAUCACCCUGUAAAACCCCGGCGGUGCCUCUCAAAGCAGACAUCCCUGAAAAAAAUUCGCUGCCCUACCACAAUAAUUCCAUCCCGACACAUUCUAGCUCAAAUUUGCAAUAUGUGCCUUGGAAAUGCUCAGCUUAUUCGCAAUAUAACCAGCACGAAUUUUAUUCGAACGGUUUCAAUAAUUUUCCUAGUCAGGCGUGCAGUUUUCUGUCGAAUUCGCCUUUCAGUUAUACUGGUUUGCCGUCCAGUUCUGUUUGUGGUACACUAAAUAUGCAAACUCUUAGAUAUCGAUCGCAAGAUUUUAGUUUAUAGUAAUUUGGUUUAGUUAGUUUUUUGUAAAAAUAUAUUUGAAAAUG